CAAUGACAUGAAUCCGACUCCAGCCAACUUAUUUACAACCGGCCGGUGCCUGAAAAAAGGUCCCCAAGGUGGAGCUACCUCAACAACAAUGCCGAAAGGCCGCAAAAGAAAGCAGCAGGUGGAGAUUACCCACAGCCCACAACCUUCACCCAAAACCACCAAACAGACCCCAAAGGACCCGUACCCGGAUUACGCCCGACCCACCCGAGAAGAAUGUAUCUCCGUCCGAGACGACCUCUUGGCCCUCCACGGCUUCCCCCAAGAGUUUGCAAAGUACCGAGAGCAGCGGCUGAGUUCUCAAGCAUCCAACCACUCCGACGUUGCCGUGAGCUCAGAGCCGUCGGAUGAAAAAGAGAGUGUCUUGGAUGGUUUAGUGAGAACUAUGUUGUCUCAGAAUACCACGGAAGCAAAUUCCCUGAAGGCCUUUGCUUGUCUCAAGUCAGCUUUUCCAACUUGGGAAGAGGUUUUGGCUGCUGAUUCACAAAGUUUAGAGAGUGCAAUAAGAUGUGGUGGUUUAGCCAAGACCAAAGCCUCUUGUAUUAAGAACAUGCUGAGUUGUUUACUGGAGAAAAAGGAAAAGCUUUGCUUGGAGUACUUGCGACAUUUGUCAGUUGAUGAAAUUAAGGCUGAGCUCUCUCAUUUUAAAGGAAUAGGUCCAAAAACGGUGGCUUGUGUUUUAAUGUUCCAACUUCAGCAAGAUGAUUUUCCGGUGGACACCCAUGUGUUUGAGAUUGCAAAGUCCAUGGCUUGGGUUCCAGUUGGAGCAGACAGGAAUAAGACAUAUCUUCAUCUUAAUGAAUGGAUACCGGAUGAACUUAAAUUUGAUCUGAACUGCCUUCUGUAUACACAUGGUAAGCUCUGCCGCAAAUGCAUCAAGAAAGGAGGUAGCACUGGUAAGCAACAAGAAAAGGAAUCCAAGGAUAGUAUUUCCUGUCCUUUGUUACGUUACUGUAAGUAAAUUCUAAGUUGUCUCCCUUA